AUGUCUCUGGAUCUGGAAAGGCACUUGACGUUUUAUGGCGCCUAUCACCAUAACUCGGUCAAUGUGGCCAUUCACAUGGUCUGCGUGCCGCUGCUCCUUGUAUCAGGGUUCACUCUGGCCACGUAUACGGGCACGCUCAUUCACACGCCUAGCUGGCUCACCGUCCCGUACCUGGAUCUCAACCUUGGCACGAUCGCUGCCUUUCUGUAUGCAGCGCUUUACCUGCUAUUAGAGCCGGUGGCGGGCUUUGUGCUGGCCGCUUUCUGCCUCGGCAGCACCGCGUUUGUCAACUCAUGGCACCUCCGUGAUCCCACCACGACCUUCCAGGUUGCCCUUGGAGUUCACAUCGUCUGCUGGAUCGCACAGUUUAUCGGUCACGGUGCUUUCGAGGGUCGCGCCCCUGCCCUGGUGGACAAUCUCAUCCAGGCCAUCUUCCUGGCCCCCAUGUUCGUCUGGCUCGAGAUGCUCUUCAAGCUUGGAUACCGGCGCGAGCUCCAGGCUCGUGUCGAGAAAGCCGUUUCGAGGGAGAUUGCCAAGUUCAAGAACGCGUCGAAGAACGGCAAGGCCAACUGA